UGAAAUUGAAGCAUAUCAAGAUUCGAGAAGUUCGAGGAAAGUAAACUGGGGAAGUAACGAACUACUGAAAGAACCCUAGCAUCCAAUUUGACGCUCGUUUAAUCCUUUUCCUCACAAUUCACCUACCAAUUUCUCAAAAGAUCAACCCAAAAAAAUCCUACGUGACGGAAUGGCAACUUCAGCGGCGGCGAAUUUAGAGGAUGUUGCGUCGGUAGAUCUAAUGACGGAGCUUCUUCGUCGCAUGAAAUGCUCAACCAAACCUGACAAACGCCUCAUUCUCGUCGGCCCACCUGGAUCAGGAAAAGGUACUCAGUCACCAAUUAUCAAGGACGAGUACUGUUUAUGCCACCUGGCUACUGGUGAUAUGCUAAGAGCUGCUGUUGCUGCAAAAACCCCUCUUGGUGUUAAAGCCAAGGAAGCCAUGGAGAAGGGACAACUUGUUUCUGAUGACUUAGUUGUGGGGAUUAUCAACGAAGCCUUAGAGAAGCCUUCAUGUCAAAAAGGCUUCAUUCUUGAUGGAUUCCCAAGAACCGUGGUCCAAGCAGAAAAGCUUGAUGAAAUGCUGAAAAGAAGAGGGGUGAAAGUUGACAAAGUGCUAAACUUUGCAAUAGAUGAUGCAAUCUUGGAGGAGAGGAUUACUGGCCGUUGGAUCCAUCCUGCUAGUGGUCGGAGUUACCACACAAAAUUCGCACCUCCUAAAGUUCCUGGGAUAGAUGAUGUGACUGGAGAAGCUUUGGUUCAACGUAAAGAUGACACAGCAGCUGUUUUGAAGUCAAGGCUGGAGGCAUUUCACAAACAGACUGAGCCAGUUAUUGAUUACUAUAGCAAGAAGCGUAUUGUGGCAAAUCUGCAUGCAGAAAAACCACCAAAGGAGGUAACUGCUGAGGUCCAGAAGGUGCUCUCAUGAUUAUCUUAUUAGCUUGGUUCAAUUGUGAAUAUUAGAACUUUGGCCACACGAAUGGUGUUCAUUCGGAC